CUUCGUCCCCCGCUUCUUCCCUCCAUUGCCUCGUUUCAAACCCUAGGGCACAACCUCCACCCGAAACCCUAACCCUAGCUCCCCAAUCCGCCCGUUUUGGGUUCCCCACCGCCCAGGAAACCCCCCUCCACGGCCUCCUUCUCCUCCUCCGCUUCCGUCCGCACCUCGCGCCGCCCGCGGCCGUGUCCUCGGCCACCCUGCUCGCCACGGGGUGGGUCGUAGGGAGUGGGGGGAGGGGUGGGGGUGUUCGUUCCGCGCGGGCGCUCUCCCGGCUAGGGUCCGCGCCCCCUGCGGGAAGAGAGGACCCGCCAUUUGGGCCCCUCUGAUGAAGUGGCGGCCAUGAGUAGGCUCUCGUUCAGGCCGCGCCCGCUUGACAUUCACAAGAAGCUCCCCAUCGUCAAGUCCGCGCGGGAGCUUGAGGACGACGAGCCCACAUUAGUGGUUCGGGCUGUCCCGCCCGUGCUGCGGCACUCUCAGCCAGAGCCUGCGGCUGAGGGCGAGGCACAUCCAACAUCCAACAAGAAGAAUGUGCAAGAAAUACCUACACCACAGUAUGAUGAUGUUGAUACCUAUGAAAGGGACUAUACUCGCACCUUUGCACAACCGACAUCUUAUAUUCGUGCUCGAGGAGCCAGGGCUGAGAUUGGUGAGUUUGUUGAGUAUGAUUUGGACAAUGAAGAUGAAGAUUGGCUUGAAGAAUAUAACAAUGAGCGAAAAAAUCUGAACCCUGAAAGGCUGGAAGUCCUCCUAUUCAAACUGGAAACAUUGGACCACAAAGCUCGAGAAAGGGCAGGCAUCAUAACCCCCACCUUUAUAGGACCAAUACCAGUUAUUCUGCAGCUUGAUUCUGCUAUGGAGGCUUUGCAGUACUUGUCUAUUCGUUAUACUGUGUUCCAUGCUGUAUAUACCUACUGGAAAUCAAAGAGAGAGCGGUGGCAAAAGCCUAUUUUGCGGCGUUUGCAGCCACCUCCACCAGUUAACGACACAAAUCCAUACAAUGUGUUCAGACCAAGGGAGAAGGCUUAUCGUCUUCACACAAGAAGGAUGCAAAGAAGAGAAAAUAGUGUCCAAUCAUUCGAUAAACUCCGUGUGGUCCGGCGCAAUCUAGAGCAGGCUAAGGCACUAAUGGGUGCAUUGAUUAAGAGGGAAGAGAGAAAACGUGAGACUAUGGAGUGUGAGGUUCACCUUCGACGUAUCCAGAUGAGAUACAAGCAUGAAGCGCAUUUUAUUGAUGAUGGGAUCGCUCUAUCAGGCCUCCAGCAAGUUGGGUCAAGUGAAGAUGAUUAUGCAGAUUCAGAUGAUACUGCCAAUGAGCAACCAUAUGUACGACCAGUUGCUUUUCAUCCUCGAUUCCCUGAUAAUAAGCUAUCAGCUGUUCCACCACUGCGUUUGAAGCGGGAUCGUGAACUAAAAAGAACCCACCAGAAUGGUUGGUUGUUCAAAAGGGUUCCUGAAAUGCGGGAUUCUGAUGAGCCAGUAAUGCUAUUUACAAGACCGGUUGACCCUGAUAAGUUGAAGAUGGCUGGUAUCAGGCCACCACUAGAUCCACCUAUUGAUAGUGGUAUGACUGCUCCACCAUUACGGUGCCAAGGUAGGAUUGGACGGGGAGGUCGCAUCAUCUUUGAUCGCUGGAAUCCUUUCCUUCAAGUUCCGGUUGGCCAGGAGGCCAAUCAUAGACCCUCUUUGCCAGAAGGAUGAAUCGAAGGCUUUUGCGGUCACACAUAUCUCUGUUCAGCUGGUGAGAGAUUAACAAGUCGAACAGCUGUUUCUCCAUGAACCAGCUGGCCCUCAGGGCUCCAAGCUCUCCUUUUGAUGUGGCAGGGAAUUCUAAGAUUAUUUAUCUGAUGAAAGAGAGACAGCCAUGCUCUCCUGGGUUUGUUGCUGCUUCAGGCAAUACUAUUCAAGGAUGGGAAUGGAGUUCAUGGAUUCACUAUCCUGGUGCUAACAUAUUUCAUCAAACUUUGUGGGGUUCCUCAUCUCUUUGCAGCUAUUGUACAAUUGUGGCACUGUACAUGGGAUAAAGGGUAAGAAAUCCAUUUACCCAGUUUUUGUCUGACCUCUUGCUUGUAGAGGCAGUAUCAAAUGCAAUGAUUUUGACUACUAUUUAUUGGGAAUGGAAAAAAGCAAUCCUUCUCAUUGAUA